AUGACGGGAGUUAGAGAAUAUUUCACCAAGUUGGACGAGAAGAAGUUGGACUUUUCUAUUGAGCUUGGAAACAAUUCCAAGUACCAUGCAACUAGUGUUUGCAUGGUCAAGUUUCAAAGGGAUUCUGGCAAACCUCUUUUGGUGGAGGACAUGUUGUAUGUCCCUGACAUGACAAAGAAUUUAAUCUUUGCUUCUACUCUAGAGGAAAAUGGUUACAUCAUGACCUUUGAAUGGGGAAAAAUCUAUAUCCAUCCUAAGAAUUCAAAGGUAGAAAAAGAAAUUGGAGCCAGGCAUGGCAACUUGUUUGGAUUACAGUUUGGGCCAACACAAGCAUUGGUGAGUAGCACUAGAGGGCUUGUAGAAUUGUGGCACUAG